AUUCCGCUGUUUGUAUGGAGCGUCUAUUGCGUCAUGAGGAAGUUCUCUUCAAAGGGAAGAACAUCCAUUGUAGAAAUGAGUCGCUUUUCAAAGGGCGGGGCGAUUCGUUGGUGUACAGUGGAUAUUUAAAAAAGACGAAAGAUUCAAAAGAAGAAGAAAUUGCAGUGAGGAAGAUUAAGGUAACAGAUUGUUGCGAUCAAUGGAAUGACAUCGUCACCAAACAUACUCGAGAGAAAGAUCCCAUCAAACACGAAAAUGUCCUCAAAAUUAUUAGCUAUGAAGAAAUGGAUGAAUGGAGAUAUUUUGCUCUGGAACGUUACGACGCCACGUUGGAGCAAUUUUGCAAAGGCUUUUAUAGAGGACCGAUGCCAUCUGACGCCCAAGUUCUUUGCCAAAUUGCCAAAGGGCUUUUGUAUCUGCACAAAGUGCGAUGUUCACAUGGAAAUUUGACGCCCGUAACAGUUCUUAUCGCUUCCGCACAGCCGGUGCGGAUGAUGAUCAAGUUAUCCGAGUUUGGGUUAAGCCAAUUCGGCGACAAACUGGGGGAAAAGCAAGAACUUUGCCAAAGGAAAUAUUGGAGAUUAUUAAAUGAAAAAAUUAAACAAAAACAACCAAACAGUGACCAGAACCCUACACCUCAUCAAGAUAUCUUUUCAGCAGGUUGCCUCUGUUUUUAUUUCCUCAAACGGGGUGUGCAUCCCUUUGGUGACGACGCGUCGUCAAUCUUGGAAAACAUAAAAAAGCGAAAUCCUGUCAACUUAAAUACUCUACAACAAGAAAAAGCCGUUUGGGAAUUUGCCUACGAGCCCAUAGAAAAUAUGAUUGGAGAUCCACCGACCGACGGCACAAAUUGGUUGAUGAUUGCCAAAGAUCAUUUUAAGAAGGCCCUUCCUCUGAGAUUUGAAGAAAAAAAGGAGAAGGAACUCGGCAGGGGGGGAUUCGGAGUCGUGUACGGAGGAACGUUCGAAGGCAAUGCAAUUGCAGUUAAAGUAACAGUUAAGGUACAUUUAGAUGAUGAAAGAAAAAGAGAACAGGAAAGGGAAAUGGAGGAACACUUCCGGUUGGACCACGAAAAUGUCCUGAAACUUUUGCACGUUGAAGACUCACGGGAUAAAACGUAACUAAAAGAAUUUAAAAUUUCAUUUUGGUUUGGUGAGUUUAUCAACGGACUGGAAUUUAUAAAAUGGGAUUGA